GCUGGAGGCGGAGGACAUCGCUGAAGUCUUCUCCAACUGCUUCCCCCGCAACCCCGAGGCGGUCUGGCCCGCGGACCUGCUGGGGCCGCGCGCGGCGCGGCUGGCCGCCCAACACCGGUCGGCGCGCCCGACGAAGGACAGUGCUGCGCCGCCGACGCCUGGGGCAGCAGGGCCGCAUGCAGCCGAGCGCACGGUCGUGGGCCACGGCGCCCCCUUCGAUGGGCUGCUCGGCGACAGUGCCCUGGUCGCGCGGGCUGCAGGUCCCCCACUCGACCUGGAGCCCGCGCGGGACGAGCUGCGGGCCAGGUUCGCUGCGGCGCGGGACUGGUUCGCCUCGGCAGCGCGCGGAGUCGCUGCGGCUGGCUCACCUCUGGACAGCGCAGAGGGCGCGCCGAGCGAGGGCAAGCCAAAGAAGCGGGGCCUCGCCGAGGUGCUCGCGGAGCGCAUGGCGAAGGUCGCCAAGGCCCCCAGCGCCGAUGCGGCGCGCGGCUCAAGCGGCCCAGCUGCUGCGGCUGUGGCCAGCGGGGGAGCUGCGGGCGAAAGCGUGAAGGAGCUGGCGACGGCGCUCAUAGCGGUGCUCAAGAGCUCGGCCGCGCAGGCCGCUGGCAGCUCGGGCGCUGGCGCCGCCUCGGGCCCCCUCGGCGCGGCCGACGGGGCCGCGGCCACGGGGUUGUCGGAGCUCACGCCGACGCAGAUGGCAGAGUUCCUCGGCGCCGUCGAGGGCGACGCGGCUGUUGACCCGACGACGGCGCUUGUCCUGAGGCACGUGAUCACGAUCUACUUGCCGCAGAACCCAGUGCAGCAGAUCGGGGUGGCUGCGUAUCGCGAGAUGCGGACGCUUGCCGAGGCGAUCGACUUUCUCCUCCAGGGCACGAUUCUUCAGGCGCUGGACAUUCUGACCAAGCGGCUGAAGGCGGCGCAGGUGGCAGUCGGCGACGGGCACUGGGGCGCGGCGAAGUGGCUCGAGCUGAUCCCCGCCAAGGACGAGCCCACCACUCUGCGCAACGAGGAGGAGGAGAUGAUCCGCAGCAUCGAGCUCGCCGAGUUGAAGCUGGAGGAGCUCAGCAGCCGGCUCCGCAAGCCUCAGGGUUCAAGUGGAGCGCGGCUGCCUGGCAAUCGCGCGCCCGACCGCGCGAGGGCGCCGAAGGGCAGCGCGGAGGAGGGCGAGAGACCGCCUCACCAGCGAGUCGCGCAGCUCGACAAGACCGCAGAGGAGCUGCCCGCUGGAGGCUUGCAGGCCCCGCGGAACUUCAAGGCGGCGAGGGCUGUCCGCCCGAGGAUGGACGGCGGGGCGUCGAAGGAGUACAAGGCGCGGCUGAGGGACUUCACGACGGAGUCGCGCGGCCAGAGGCAGUGGCAGACGUUGCCGAGGCUGCUGGAGGACUUCCCCUGGCUGGAGGCGGAGGGGGCAAGGAGCCGCUUCGCGGCUGGAGCGCCUCCCAGCCGGUGCCAGUAUCGGGAACUGGCGAGCACCUCUCUCCCACGCGGCAUGCGGGGCCUCCCCGCCGCGGGCUCUGCCACGCGGGGCGCUGGGGCGGGGCGCGACGAGGUCGCGGUCCAGUUCGGCACGACCAUCACGAGCGUCGACAUGACAGUGCAGACAGUGCACCUCGUGCAGCUCGGCGAGCGCCACCCUGGCAGCCUGGGGACUCUCUCGAGAGAAAUUGCAGAGCACGUGUCUACACUUAUGGGGAGCGGCAGGCGCGUUCGUGACCUGUCGCCGUUGCCCCUGCCAAGUCUCCUGGCUGUCAGGCGCUGGUGCACGAUCAGGGGUGCUGGCCGCAGGUGCAGGGCCAGGCCGUUCGCUCGUCAAGUAGCUGAGGAGGCCCGGUUGCUUCUCACCGUCGCGGCGCUGAAUUUCAUGCACUGUGGUCGCUGCAGAAAGUGUUGGAGGCAUCACCCGAUCUCGUCUCAGGUGCAGCAGCAGGCGGUGGGGAUCCUGAACUCCCGAGUCGUCGGCUUCCCGGGGCACCCGUUCAAGCAGGCGAGCGCGCCCGCCGCCGACGCGGUCCUCGGCGAGGCGACCGUGGGCUAUUCAGGCGAGCCCGCGGCUAAGGCGUUGCCCUGCGCGCUCGCCGAGCCGGCGCCCGGCUUGCCGCGGCCCGAGCAUGCCGCGGUGUUGGGCGCCCUAGACCUCGUGGAGCACGACGUUGCCGAGUGGCUAGCCUCGCCCGUGAAGGCCCUCCUUCCCGAGGCCGACUGGCCCGGCCCCAGGCCUCGUGCCAGGGCCAACGUCGCGGACGAAGCGGGUUGGCGCGAGCUCGCGGUGCACCUCGCGGAGCUCGGGAUCUCCGCGGUGCUGAGCGAGGACCAGUUCGUCUGGGUCAGGGGCGAGCCGAUCUUGAACGGGCCCUUCGUUGUGGCAAGGGAGGGCAAGCCAGGGCCAGGCGGCGAGCGGGUCACCAGGCUGAUCUUGAACAUGGUUCUUGGCAGCGCCCUGCUCGAACCGCCUGUCGGUGAAGCUUCACUCCUCGCGGCGUCCACAAGCUGGGUGCCCCUGCACAUCCCCGAGAGCAAGUUGCUGCUGUGGGCGCGUGACGACCAGAAGGGGGCCUUCUUCGUCUGGUCUCUUGCUGGCGCGCUCUUCGGGCGCCCCGAGCGGCGGGUGUACAUCGCGCCCGCGGCGAUUGCCACGGGGUGGACGCUGGCGGCCCCAAUCUCCCAGCACAUUCGCCGCAGGCUGCGCCGCCUGCCGCCGCCCAGGGGUGCAGGGCUUCCGUCUGAGCUGGAGUGGCGGAAGGACGAGGCACGCCCGAUCGUCGAGCUUGGCAGUGGCUGCGAGGCUGACUGGUGGCAGGUCUACAUCGACGAAUUCGACGCGCCCGAGAUCGCGGACGAGGUUCGGGCGCGACAGCGCGGGGGCACCGAGGCGGACUGCCAGCAGCGCGUUCGCGAGAGCUACAGGUGCGCUGGCGUGGCCUACUCGGCGGAGAAGACCCACCUGCGGGAGACGCGAGUUGAGCGCAUGGGGGCCGACGUGGAUGGCGUUAGCGGGCGGCUUGCAGAGCCAGGCCCCAAGGCGUUGAGUACCGCUGCCCUUUGCCUCGCGACGUGGUCGCAGGAGCGGGUGCCCUGGCGGGUGUGCAUGAUGGUCCUCGGCAGGCUGGUGCGGGCUUUUGGGUGCAGACGCCCGCUUUCCAGCAUCUUCAACUCUGCAUGGGCCAUGUCGACGGCGCGGUUUUCGGUCCAGUACGAUGCCGAAAUGGUCGAGGAGCUCGUCUCGGGCCUCAUGCUGCU